AUGUGGCAGUUCUCUCCGGGCUGGCUGCCGCUGAAUGGCGACCAGCUCCUCGAGGCGUUCGAGAUCUACGACCACGACGGCUCUGGCCACAUCUCCCCGGCGGAGAUGGAGAAGGCCAUCUCGCUGGUGAUGGGCUCGGGCGUCGUGGGGCAGGAGCAGGUGAAGAGGGUGCUGGACAGGUUUCCCCCGGAGGGUAUCAGCUUCGACGCCUUCGUCGAGCUGUACACGGACUGCGUGGUUGGCACCGACGGCCUCGCCAGCUUCAGGGACGCCCUGAACAGCUUCGACGAGACUGGGGAGGGCAGGAUCAGCAAGGAGACCUUUGCGGACCUCUUCUGCACGUGCUCCGACGUCGACACGCCAAGGGAGAAGCUCGACAGCCUUUUCCAGGAGCUGGACUCCUCCGACUCCGGGGGGAUCCUCGUGGAGGAUUUCAUGAAGUAUCUGUCCUGGAUAUGGACGUUCCGCAUCGCGGAAAACGUCCGCCAGAACAGGUCCCGGCGCGUGUCCGCGGUCAGUUUCCAGCAGCUGAUCGCGAAGAGCCCGCACGCCGCCUCCCUCGAGCGCCGGCCGAAGGCUGGCGAGGAGGAGGGCGAGGAGGCCGGGCUCGAGAUCGCGAGCAGCAGCUGCACGGGCGGCGAAGACGACGCCGACUCGGGCUCCUCGCUGGACGGGGCGCCGAUGGGGAGGAGGAGCACGGGCCGCAAGAGCACGGGCGGCAG